UGCGUUUGCUUGUGCAAUGUUUGCAGAGCUGCAUUCUCAAGUUUAACCUGCUGAAAGAGUUUGCGACGCCUCACGAACAGAAACCUUCGCAGUGCAUUUGUUAGGACAUGUAAAACAAUAUGUGUCUCUUUUUUAAGCAUUUGUCCUACUGGGAGCUGACAGGCUUGGUAGCAUUCCCUUGCUGUCGGCUGUAAUUGGAAGCAUCGCACUCAGGAUUAUGUCAGAUGCGGUUUUUUGUAGAGAGACAAGAAUUAAAAUGUAUCUUGAAGAAGAAUGAACGUGUACAGUCGUAGUAUAGAAAGGUUAUAGCAGACAAAUACGAUGGAUAAUCGACGAAAAAAGAAGCUGACAUUCUUCACCAUUGGGCUCAUUUUUCUUCUUAGCGGCGUGGAAUAUGCUGUGAUAUUGCCCACAAUAUGGAAGUACUUGCAGACUUUAGAUGCAGCACCUUACUUCCUGGGUUUGGCCCUAUCCGCAUUCAGCUUAAGUGGCCUCCUGUCAGGGCCGCUGUUUGGUCACUUGUCUGACAGUACACGAACAACCAAGAAGAUCAUCUUGUUUGCCAAUGUUUUUGAGAUAGUUGGUAAUUUCAUGUAUUUCAUGGGCUACUCCAAGUGGCUCUUACUGUCAAGCAGAUUGGUAGCAGGCAUUGGCACGGGUGCUGGCUCAUCUAUCUUUGGCUUCCUGACCCGAAGCACUGCUCCAGAGGACCGUGCUACAGUAUUUGCUGCUGUUAUGGCAUGUCGACAAGCUGGCCUUCUGAUUGGUCCAGCAUUUAACAUCUUCCUGAGGCUGUGUGAUUUCCACAUGGGCCCUUUUGUGGUUAAUAAAUACACUGCACCUGGGUUGUUCAUGUGCCUGCUGUGGAUUCUCCUUCAGCUGGUGGUGGUCUUCAUGUACUGGGACCUACCACCUCUGGAGAGAAGGAAGGCACAGGAAAGUUCGACAAGCAAGAGCGGGGAAGAGGAGAAUGAGCAAGGGCUUGUGGAAGACGAAGAAGAGGACAAUGAUGAGGGAAAGCCGCUAAUGAGGUCCCAAGAGCUGGUGGGGUCUUACGGCUCAGUGGUGACACCCAACCCCUCAGGAAACAACAUCUCUGCUGCCUCCAAUGCCACGCUGAAUCACAUCUCCCCACCUCCCUCUCCAACACCAUCAGACACCCAAGAGUCCUCCAGCCCCUUUAAGAAUUUCAGCAUAUCCCGAGAGUUCCUGAGAGAAGAGGUGGUUGUGCUGCUGGCUGCUCAGUUCAUCACCCUCUUCAAUCAGACUGCAUUGGAGACCAUGGUGACUCCAUUGACUCAGAAGUACUUUGGCUACGGGGAGCUGGAGAACAGCGUCAUGUACUGUCUCUGCGGUGUGGAGGUGAUCGCCGGCUUCCUCUUUGUGCGUUGGCUGAGCCGGCGUGUCGCCGAACGGGUGGUCCUGGCCAUUGGUUUGAUCAUCUGCAACAUCUCUGGUGUCUGGUGCCUCAUCUUCCUGGCUAACCCACUAGGGGGUUUUCCAUGGCAGCUGACCGAGUUCAUCAUUGGGGUGUUUCUGCAGGUUUUGGGUUUGCCAUUUGUCGCUGUGGCUCAGGUUUCCCUCUUCUCCAAAGUCACUGCUGAGAGAACACAAGGAUUCAGUCAGGGAGUGCGUCGCUCAGUGGGAGGUCUAGCUACCAUCCUGGGCCCGCUGUGGGCCGGUGGCCUCACUGAGAACAUGUAUAUCAUGUUGGGGGUGAUGAUGGCACUGCUGGCUCUGCUAACGAUGAUGCUGGCUUUCUCAUAUGACCGUCUGGUUGAGCCUGCUGCUGAGGAAGAAGCUGACAGCCCAGACAGCUGUGGUUAAUCCAACAGGAAAAGUGGAUAUGGAAGGUAGCUAUUUGCAGAUACAGUGCUAACAGACCUGUACCACAUUUAUACAAGAAAAUUGAUGUUUUUUUUCAGAAAUGUACAAUAUGAGUUAGCUAGUUACUUUUUUUGAAAUAUGGGCCGGAAAGAAAAUACCAGUAUUUUAAGCCGUCUUCCUCCUCCAAUCCUUCAUUUUCCUCUUUCUGUGCACACACCCAACAGCACACACCUUACCACCUCCAGAGUGUUUCCCUAAAGCUUGGACUCCUCAGUUUUUGUGUGCAGAGGCAGAUGAAAGCAUUGUUUUGCUGUAUAUGUAUAUUUCCCAUGGAAAUAUAGAAUCCUGAUCGCACCACAUGUGCAAGCUUUGGUUGAUAAUGGUUCCCGUCCGUUUGUGUUCUGCAGCACCAACUUGGUGCAUUACACAUUCUGCUUAACCCGUUAAAUGACUGUUAAAUUAAUUAACAUGCAAAAGGGUUGUGGAUUCAGCUGACCUCUUACUUUGUGCUGUAGGAGAAUCAAUUAGCUGUUUAGCCUUUUAUACUUACCUCAUCUUCUGCACAAACAGGCAUUCAGAAUAUUUAUCAGCUCCUGAACAGAACCAUUUUUAUCUGUAAAGAGUUUCUUUGGCAUGUAGAAAAACAAGGCUUUAUUCUCCUCUUAAGUAAAAUACUUAAAAGAUUUGGCCAGACUUUUACUUAGCAGAUACAUCAGAUGGAUUUUAACCUUGAUCAAACAUUAUGACAAUCUGCUUCUUGAUUCACAAUCAUUUAAUCUACAUCUGAUAUAAAAAAGGUUUCUCCUUGAACACACCUAAAUAUUUACAAAAGCUCUUGCAUGUGAUUUUUGUGAUUCUUGGUUUGAUUCUUAGCAAACUGUAUUUAUGCAUUUCAAAAUUUCAAAGUGGCCUCUAUCAUUGAAGCAAUGUGUUGGGUCAAUCUUUGUAAAAGAACUACUAACACUAACCCAAAAGAAUUGAAUUAAUGUGGGUUUUAAUAAAAUUCUCAGGGAAACGUCAAAUACUUGCAGUCUUUGUUGUGAAAACGGUCACAUUAGGAGAUAUUACACUUUGGCUCAACAUUAUCUAUCGGUAAAUUAAUUCUACAAAUAUUGGAAUCUGCCUUAUAAAAAAAUCUACAGAUAUCUCUCAAAACUUAAUUGAAGGAGGCUAUUAAAUUUUCAGAUCUGCCUGGUGUAAAGGCUGUUAAAUGAUGAAACAAGUUUCCCGCUUUGAAAAGAGCUGAGCAAUGCAAAUUUGUGGUACUUUGAUGGCGAUGUAGUACAUACUUUCAACACAGGUGGGUGCUCUCAGUCUUUUUUCCAAAGUAUGUGUUCCCCAUUACUGAUGAGUCUGAUGUGUUGAUGUGUGAUCCUCUUCAGCCAGAAAAUUCCAUAAGUGCACUAUUACAAAAAAAACACAUUUAGGGAAAAACAUCUAAUGGUUGUGUCAGGUGGUAACACAGAAAAACACACAGCUAUCAGUCUAACAACAGUUUUUUUUUUCCCCAAAUGCUUUAGAUGUUUGUUUUUUAUAAUUUGUUCAAAUUUUAUAUCCAGACACCAAAAAUCUGUUAUGAACUGAGAAUAUUUAUUUCUUUAUUUAUUAUGUAUUUAUUUAUUAGAUCUUUUGUGGGCGCCUAACAUGUACAUUAAUUUUUUGUAUUCCUUGUCUCAAUAUACAAAAACAUAAACUUUCACCAUACUUGACUGGCUUGU